UCGGAGCCGGAGCCGGAGCCGCUCCAGGCUAGGCCAGGGCUGCAUGGAGCAAGGAGAGCAUUCUCCCAAGAUAAUGAUUAAACUGUGCAGCACUUGGCAUGGGCUGCUAAGCUAGGGAGGGGAGCCCUAUUCACACCUCAGCCAGACAGCGGAGGCCAGAGCUAGUUCAGGGAGGCUGAGCCCAGAAGCCCAGGGGGCCCCCCAGCCAGCCCCCGCAGCCUCCUGCUUGUGAGGAGCUUCCAGAGCAUCUCAGAUACAGAGGCAUCUUUGCAGCCUGCCCUUCUGGGACUCUGUUCACGCCCCUGGCACCAUGAAGCUCCAGGUAUUCUGGACUGGACUGGAGUAUACCUGCCGGCUCUUGGGCAUCGCCACGGCUGCAGAAAGCUCCGUGGGCCACUAAGAAGAUUGUUUACUCUUUAGGUUUUGGGUGAGAUCUUCUGGAGAUAGAUGUUAUGCCCAUUGGAUUUAUGAUGUCACUCCUCAGAUUCUCUAUUUAGUUUUUUUCCACGUGAUUUAUGGUGGAGUGUUGAUUGGAGUGGGCACCGAGACCUUCCUCCGGGGGCGGUUCAAAAGCCUGGCCUUCUAUCUGCUAGGUGGAGCCACAGUAGAUGCUAAGGUUUACAGGAGUUACCAUCUCUGUGUGUGAAGGGACCUACUUUGUGGCUCAACUCUUGGCCAUCUGCUUCAAGUGCCAGCCGGGGUCUCUGGCACACAGAGCCAAGGAGAAGGCCCACUGGCUGGGCUGCUUCCAGAAGUUCCUCGCCUACAUGCUGCUGUCGGUGGCCUGCUUCCUCCACCCUGUCCUGGUCUGGCAUGUGACCAUUCCAGGCUCCAUGUUAAUCAUCACUGGCCUGGCCUACUUCCUGCUGAGCAAGCGAAAGAAAAAAAAGGCUGCUCCGGAGGUGGCACCCCCCACAGAGCAGUACACAGACCCUUCCAGCAGCGUCGUGAGCACCACAGGCUCUGGGGACACCGAGCAAACCUAUACUUUCCAUGAGGCCUUCAAGGAGGGGCCUGGCUCCUUCUUCAUCCACAUGAAGAGCAUCCUAAAGGGGACCAAGAAGCCACGUGUCCUGCAGACCCAAGAUACCCUAAUGGAACUGGCACUGGAGCCGGCUGACUCCUUGGCCAAGAAAAAGCAGGUACACUUUGAAGACAAUGUGGUCAGAAUCAUCCCAUCCCUCACUGAAGGUCUGGGUGAUAGUGACAGUGGACCAGAAGAAACCAGCUCUGACACAACUCCCAUCAUCCCUCCCUCCCAGACCCCACACUUUCUGCCUUCUCUCAUGGCUACUGACCUGUUCUGAGCUUCUUAGCUAGAGGUCUGCAGAUGAAUGGACCUGCCAGAAUAGUCCUAAUAGCCACAGUCCCUGCAGAGAACUCAGGGUCUCCAUUGGUCAGCUGUUCACAUCCUAGUGGUGGCUGGGCAUUCAGAACAAUGAGAUAGUGUACCAAGCCAGAUCUGUGGUGACCUCCAGCAAGGCACAAAGGAAGCUUUGACAUGUGUAAUCAACCUAGUCUCCUUGGCAAGAGGUGGGAAAUGAGACCAUGGCUUCAUUCUCCACAAGGCUGCUGACCCAACUUUCUAAGCCCUAAAGGAACAGAAGACAUGAGUUCACCCUUGCACCCAACAAAGGGUUCAGCCUUCAGCAAGAACUCUGUGGUAUGUUUUGCUUGAGAUACAACCUACUGGUGCCAAAGGCCCAGGGCUAUAUUGGCAUCGUGAGCAAGAUUGCUCAGGGUAGAUAUGAGAAAAGAAGAUUCGGAUCUCAAGUGAGAACAGCCUGGCAGUGGGCUACAUUCUCAGCAUACUCUGGGACUGGGCUGGGCAGCAGGCAUUUAAGAAUCACCAAGGAAAACAAUACCACUCUGUGCUCACUGCCAGGAAAGCUGACCAGAAAAGCAUCUCUCAUUCCAGAAGGAUAACUCAGGACUUCCUGCCCUCCCCUCACUUAUCCCCUAUCCAACAGUAUGGGCAGUGUUCAGAGUCCAAGUAGGUGGUAUAGAUGGUCCAAUCUAAAAGGGUCUGAGAACCUGUGGCCAUCUGUAGCAGAAAUGGCUAGGACAUAGCAUGGAGUAGUCAUUGUAGUUCAGGCCCCAAGAAGACUGCCCCAGAGAGCCACACAGCAUGGGGAAGUACCUCUGCCAUGCUUAGAUACAUGAAAGUAGAACCUCUGUUAAGUAGAUGAUCACUCAAAAUAGACAGGAGGGGAGGAAGCAGAGGGAAGGGCACAGGGGAGAGGGUAGUGAGCAGGCAGGCAUGGCUGCAUCCUGGAACUACAGAGGUGGCAGGGAAUUUGAGUUAGAUAUUUCUCAGUAAAAAGAUUAGCAAAAUAUCUUUUCUAAAUAGUAUGCUUGGUCCACAGGAUUACUGCCAGGAAAAAAGAAAAAGUCAUGUUAUUCCUCAUAGCUGACUCCCAGUGAGCUAGCAACAGAAAUUAAGAGUCCUAUAGUUUGUGUCUGAGGAGGGGACCCACUUCAGGGCUCUCUGAUGGGUAAGCCUCAAAUCAUGUACUUUAUAGUCUAGAUAAGGAAGAUGUUCACGGUACAAUGAUCAGCAGCUAUGACGUCGUUUUGUUUUGUUUUUGUUUUGCUUUGUUUUGUUUUGGAAAUGCAUUGAAAUGAGACAACCUAGUAGUUGGUAUUAGCCUGGUGCUUAGCACAGCCAGCAUCCCAAAUGGACAGAACACUUUUUGAAAUAGAGGAUGUGUUGCUAAGACUGUGAGGAGUGAAGUCAGAAAGCAAGCCAGGGGGCCUGGAGUAGGUCUCAUCCCUCAGGUCAAAAGAUAGACAGCUGAUGGAUGGCCAUGGGGGCUUUUCCAAUGAAGGAUGUUAGAUAGUGCAGUCAGGGGAAUAUGGGGUGUGGGUGGGUAUGUCCUUGUUACUACGGGGAUCUCAUGGUGAGGAAGAACAAGAAAACACUACCAUGAUACCAUGAAUUUGUGUGAGGUGAGGCCAGUGCAGACCUAGCAGGUGGUUCUUAACUCCAGAUUACAAGGCUGAAGGUCAGGGAGCAGAGCUUCCAGCCCGACUGAGGCCAGAGGCCAGAGGGAGCAAAGCCCUUAACCAAGAGGAGCCAGGUCCUCUCCCUGUGUCUCUCUCUGUAUUAGUUAGUUUCUGUUGCUGAGAUAAAAUACCAUGACCAAAAGCACUUAAGGAAGAAACAGUGUGUGUGUCUUACAGUUCUUAGAGAGAGCUAGAGUCCAUGAUAACAGAGAAGACCUGGCAUGCAGCAGGAGCUAGAGAACAGCUGGCCACAUUUCAUCCACACACAGGAAAUGAGGCCGAGUGGGGAGGGCAAACGUGACAUGAGGCUAUGAACCUUCAAAGCCCACCCCUGGGGAUGUACUUCCUCCAGUGAGGUUGCACCUCCUAAAGUGUCCAUAACUUUCGCAAACAGCACCACCAACUAGAUGGGUGACAUUUCUCAUUCAAACCACUGCAGACUCUCAUCAGCUUAUAUAGUGUUAGAAAUCUUUGGUUCUUGGUUGGUUGGUUGGUUGGUUGGUUAGCUUGCUUUGCUUUUCUUAAACAUCCUUAUUAAGAUGUAGUUUGCUGUCAUAAAAUUGACCAAGUUAAACCAUACAGUUAAGUGGGUCUUAGUGUAUUUCUAAUCUGAGUUCAUUAUAUGCAUUCACAUCUCAAGUUCAUUAUAUGCUCAUCCCACCCCACCCCACCCCACCCCCAUAAAAAGAAGUCCAGCCCUGUAACCACUAAGACUCACCCCUCGCCUCCCAGUUUCUGUCCUAUGAAACCACUAAUCUGCUUUGUAUCCUUGUGACUUUUACUGUUCUGAGCACGUCAUAAUUUGAAUCAGGUAAUUUGAGCCUCCACACACCCUGACCUGACUGCUCCCAAAUGGGCACAGGCUGCACUGAGCAGCAGUUUCUGCAUCUCCCAAGAUAGGCUGAUCCCACGGGAGUCUCCUUGGCUCUCUGCAUCUAGUUCUCUAUUAACUAGAGAGGAUUCAGCGGUUUGUCUACUGCUACCAGCACCAGGGUGUUCUGAACACCCUUUUAUUUAUUUAUUCUCUCCAAGAUAUAUUUACAAUGUUUCUGAGAAAUCAGUGUGAAUUCUUCACAUUCUGUUCUGAAAGAGGUCUUUCCCCAGGGCAGAUCUCUGAGCUUUCCAGAGGUCCUCCCCGCAACCCCCAUCCCCCCACCAUCAGGCAGAUCUCUGACCUUUCCAUUCUUUCUUUCUGGCCAAGCCCUCAACAGCAAAGGUUCUUGGGGGAUACUUUUCCUGGAUGGGUGAGCAUAGGAGAGAGUGGGUCUUGAUAGCCUUGGUUCAUCCUUCCCAGUCUGAGACUCUAAGUGAGGCAAGCGCCAUUAGAGGCAGAUCCUUAUAUUAAAACAUGUUCUGUACCAAAAGCAUCUUUUUCCUUAUUCUUAACUAUAUCUCAAUGUCUACUGACUUUAUGAUACAAGUUGAGUGUGCCCAGAAAUUUCUCUGGUCCUAUCAUGUAAACAGGUGCUACCCUGGGGGGUGGAGAGGCUGCAGGUCAGCGCAGUCUCCCUAACAACUGCUUCCCUCAGCGGCUUCCAGUCCCUCCCUCAGUGGCUUCCAGUCAGGUAAAGCCAGAGCACUGACUCCAUAGGAGUAAACAAUUUCAAGACAACUGAGAGUGAAACCAAGUUAUAGAGUUGAUGGGAUAAAGAUGAGGAUAGUACACCGUUCAUGUAUAUGUGGAUGCUGGCAGAGAGAGGGGGUGGGGGAGGAAGUGGGGGGAAAGAUAUUACAUAACUGAUACACAGUGGUGAUGGUGUGGGCUUCUCCAAAGGAGAUCCCCACUCCCCUACUUGAGUGGCUUCACAAUGGCUGUGUGUAGGACCCAAUGCUCUGAGACCCAUGGCUCCAAGGGUAUCAUUUAGGGUAUCAUUUACAGCAAUGUUUAGUGAUUAAGCAAAGCUUAAAAAUUAAGCAGUCCAUAUGUUAAAGAAUGUUCUUCUGUACAGGAAAUGAUAAGAUGAGUUUAUGGGGUGUAUCAUUUGGGUUUAGGGAUGAGACAGGGGUACUGAAAAGGUUUAACUCGGGGUUAUGAAUGUCCUGGCCCUAAGUACACAUGCCCUGUUUAUUGUUUUACAAUAUAUUUUACCUGAGAUGUCUUCAAGAAAAAAAAAAAAA